AUGUCUUCCAUCAUCCAAGCCCAAGGCAUCCUCCCGUUGUUUCUCAACGUCUCAACGUCGCUAGGCUCGGGUUUGAUUAUCCAUGGGAUUUCCCUCGGCGAUGGGAACCAAUUCUUCUCCCUAGGAGAGAAGAUUCCCGCCGUUGCAACCAGCGCAUCAGUCCAAACGCACACCCCAGACAGCACUUUGUCUCCUCAACAUCCAGCCAACUUCCUGGAGUUUGUGCAGCCCGAUCAGUCGAUUGAGUGUCCUGAGCAUGAUUUCCAGGCAUACCUUAUCGCCGAGAGUCCGCGGAUGAUCUAUAUCGAAUCUUUCCUGAGUGAGGAGGAAAGACAGCAUGUAAUGGCGAUCAGCAACCCAUACUACACUCCUGCCAUGGUGUACAACACCGAGACCGAUACAGCGACAGCAGAAGGGGGAUACCGGCGUAGUGAAACGGCUAUAUUGCCGCGCGACUCGACCGUCAAAUGCAUUGAAAGACGUGCGCAGUCACUGCAGCAGUGGACAAACAUGGCCCUUGAGCCUCUUUCGGUCCAACGAUACCAAAAGGACGGAUACUUUGUUCACCAUCAUGACGGAUUCGGCGACUCUCUCCCCAACCGCAUGUCGACCUUUAAUGUCUGGCUGGACGGCAACUGCACCGGGGGCGGCACCCAUUUCCCCAUGAUUCCCCGGUGGGAGGACCCGGCCCUGUGCGCUUUUCUUGACUGUGAGGCUGCGGAGAAUGGGACGGUGUUCAAACCGAUUGCUGGCAAUGCGCUGUUCUGGCAGAACGUUGCCCCAGACGGCAAGGCGUAUGAAGAGAUGGUCCAUGCCGGGCUUGUCGUGCUGGAAGGGACGAAGAUCGGGCUGAAUAUCUGGAGUUGGGUGUUUCCCAACGGCGACUUUCGAGGACAGUCGAUAUAG